GUAAGUUGCACGGUUCGGUAUUUAGUCCUUUCUGCAAUUUUGCAUUACUUCGUGUAAGAGUCGAUAUUUUGUCAAAAGAGUUAAUUGUACAAAAUGGACGCCACCAAGCCGACAGAAUAAAUAUUUAUAAUUUUGGAGCUCCUUCUCAAAUCGCUGGAAGAAAAUUUUUGGUGCUAUCAAAUGUCUUGAAUCAAAGCAACUAGGCUUUUCAAUGAUCAAAAGAAAACAUGCGUUGAUUCAUUAUUAGUUGAAUGUUUUUACUACGAUACUGGUAUCCUUUAAUCCAACAUUGAAGUAUGCCUCAUAAUGGAAAAAAAACGAAAAAGAUGCCAUAAAAUUGUUGAUUUGAAAAGAAAAGAAACUAAAAGAAAACGUGAUGAAAUAAAUCAGGAGACUGACAACUCGGAAAAUAUUCAAGAAGAAAAUGCAUCACCUUCAAAGACCGAUGAUUUGUGCAAACAACAGUUAAACUCUGCGAUUAAUGCCUUGGAUGUUGAGCAAGAACUAGAAAAAAGUGCUUGCAAAAGCAAUCUAAGUGUGUUUAAUGUGAAAAGCAUCAUUCAUCAUGUAUUAUCUGAUGAUCGUGUCGUUGCAAUGGCCUGCAGUGCUGCUAAUAAACAGCAAAAUAAGGAAAAGGACAGCGCAUCCAAAGAUUGUUUAUUUAAUGUUAUUGAGCCAAAGCUGACAAGAUCAAAAGUUCGUGAGGUUGCGGAGACAACUGGAACAUCUCUGGAUCCUUUGCUUGUUGUGAAAGAAAAAAUCAUCCAAUCUCCUGUUAAGAACAUCCUCUCACCUAGUAAGAAGAGAAGAUUCACACCAGUUAAAGUUAACACUCCAGUUAAACUUGAAGACAAAGGUCCAUUCAAUGACGAAGUUACAAGUGUUAAGUUGCCUUUGGCAUUUCUUCAUUUUCCUGAAUGUGAAUUGUCCGAUGAAGAAUAUGAUCCUCUAAAAGAGAACAAUGUGCAAAGUGACGAUGAUUCAGAAGGUGGACUAUCCAGUGCGAGCAACCUUGCCUCUCCUGCACUUCAUCGUUUUACUUCAAGGGGCAAAAGACGCUUGGUCAAUGAUGACGUAACUCCUAGCCUGUGUCAAGUUGACCAAUCUGUUGAUGACGAACGGGAUGAUAAAGUGGAGAUUGUUCACGAGGAAAAAUCUUUGUCGCCAUUAUCGGCUUUGCCACAAACCCCUGAGAAGAUCAAUGAUGAUUUGAUUGCAACCCGAACGAGAUCGAGGUUGCCCCUAACGGAGACCAGUAUUGAAAGUAUUGAAGCGCAAUUUGUUCCUCCUGAUCUGCCAUCGGAUCUUUACGAUGUUAUUACGUUGGAGGAUCUCGAAGAAGAUGAAAUUGAUUGGCAUAAAUGGUUGUAUGGUAUAAAUGCGGAAAAAGAAGCGGUAAUAGAAACGGAUGAUCCCGAAGACUCCGAGUAUAACUUCAUGGCCGAGGAACAGAAAGAAGAGAAGGAAGAAUACCGUACGGAUCGAGCUGUAAAGAUAUCACAGAAAGAACUUACAGAUCUUUUGGAGCAAUUUUUGAAUGAGUUUAGUGACGAGACUCCAGUACCUCAAUUUAAUCCAUCCAGGUCAACAAAUGACGACGAUUGCACAAUUUUUUUACGACAUCGGCAGUGUUUGGUGGAACAGCUUCAAAAGCACACGCAGCUGUUGGUGCAGACAUCUCUACUUUCUAAAGAACAUCCAGACCUCAGUUAUGUGACGUCAUCUUGUGAGGAGUUAUUUCAAGACAUGAUUCGAAUGAAUGAUAUGGCCAGUUCUGUAUACGUAUCUCGUCUUGCUUACAAUAAGUAUGCCUUACCUCCUGUCUUCUCGUCUGUUCAACUUGAUGAGGCUCAAAGAUUGAUGAACAUCCCUUGGCCAUCACCUGUUUCGACGAAGACAACAAAAUCAAUUAAAAGCACGUCACCUCUUGUUAUCCCGGAUGAACUUAAAACUAUAAUGACGUCAUCACCUUUCUUUGCAUACCCGGAUAUAUUACCACACGUGACUUUUAACGUGAAAAAAUCGAUACCAAGUCGGGGCGAGAAGUUUCUACAAAGCGAGGAUAAUCUUCUUGUCUUGGGUCUUGAGAAAUGCGGUCGUUCCUGGAGUGACAUCAAGAAAUGUUUUCUUCCCGUGAAGACGUUGAAUCAAAUCAAAAUAAGGCGGAAGAACAUGUGCUCGAAGCGAGCUUACGAUAAUGUCGUCAAGGAAUUUGAAAACACGGGCAUUGUUCCUUUACUACCUCGCAUUCCUGCCAUGCCAGCGAAUGCAGAGGAAAAAACGAAGAAUUCUACACACUAUGCUGUGCGCAACAAAGAUACCACUCCAUCAUGGUACAAGAAACUCAACCCAGUUAAAGUACCCACCAAGUCAAAGAAACCAUCUCCUAUUUCGUGUAAGAAGAAAGACAAUAGAAAGAAAAAGACUAUAAAACCAUCUGAGGGUGAUGUAAACAAAAUAGACCUUAAUUCCGGAAACUCUUCUUCUGUUACCCCUCCUUCAGUUAUUCUAUCUUCAUGCCCAUCUACUACGUCUCCGUCAAUUACCUCUUCUAUCACCCCUCCCUCAGUUGCACUAACUUCACUCCCAUCUAAUGCUUCUCAGUCACCCAAUACUACUAUGCCUGCUGUUGCUACACCUUCAAGAACGACGCAUGAAAUUUCAGAGAUAACUGCAUUCGAGCUGAAAGAUGUCUCUCAAAGGACAAAAAAAGACUCAGCAUUGAUGGAAUCAACAUGCUCUCCGGCUAAAAAUACAGAUAACUUGAAGGAAACUCUUCUAUCCAAAGUUAAUGAUUCUACAGCUUCUAUGAUUAGCAAAGACAAAAACGUGUCAACAAGACAGCCUGUUUCAGCACAAAGUAAGAUGGAAAGUAAGAUGAGACCAAUAUUACCGAAUCCGAUAAGUUUGCUAAACGAAAAAGAAAAACUUCCGACUUCUACCGCUCAAUCCAAGAGCAACGAUAGCAUUGAUCCUGGGAGAUGUCGGUCAAAUAGCUCCACAACUGAAGCUGGUAAUGUUGACACAAUGCAGACAUCGAAUGCCAAGUCAGUGAUCUUAAAAAGUUCUGAGAAAGAAAAUAUACAACCACAAUUGGAUGAAAAAUCUGUUGAAAAUAGCAGAGAUUGUAAUGUUUCCGACUCGGCAUCAUCUGUGGUGGACGAUAGCGAGGCUCGUGCAAUCUCAUUUGCUCAGACCUAUUUAAAUAAUGUCAAGGUAGGCCCUUUUAUUGGAACCGUUUCAUCGCAUAUUGAAAUGAGACAGCCUGAUGCAAUAUGA